GAAAAAUAAGAAGAAAAGAGAACAAAUAAGACCAAAAAGGGAAGACCCGUUGAAAAGGCAUGUCUCCCUGUUCCCGACGUCAACCCUAGCGCGGUUGCGCCAGCUCCGCCUAUCUGACCAUCACCACUCACCUGUCAUUCAGCGGAUUGCUACAGAUGUUACAUUGAUGGCUCAACGGUAGUGAAUAAAAAGGAUAAAUGGCAGCCCUUUCACCUCCCUGUCCCCAACCCCCAAAUGAUCCAGACUUGGAGCUGAAGGUUAAGAAAGCUUUGGAGCGAGUGAGUGAGAACAUUCACAUAUCAGCCAAUGAACCAUCCCUAGCAGUAUACAGACUUCAAGAGCAUGUACGUCGAGCUCUGCCACCAACUGUCUCUCGCAGGCAACAUGUCACUUCUCUCCAUUCUCAGCUACAAGGAGCUUGUUAUGAUGUAGAAUAUGCUCUCAGUGCUGUUCGUACCAUGAAUGAUGCAGAGGAAAAAUUCACCUCACUGCAGGAACUUCUGAAGAGUGCAAUAUUUCAUCGCCAGCAGCUGAAGUAUGAACAGACUCGCAGGAAGCAGCGAGAGCCAAGCAUGUACAAGCGUCUCUCUUCCCACAUCACAUCAAUUGACCUCCCAGAUUUACCGGACUUCCCGGAUGCCUUUAGAGAAACUGCGUCUCGUGUUGAAUCUGCCCUGCAACAUGCAAGGAGCUCUUAUGAGAGUCAUACACGCAAGGAAAAAGAUAAGGGAGGAAAAAAGACUGAAGAAGAAGAAGAAGAAGAAGAAGAAGAAAAAUGUUGAAGAAGAAGAAGAGGAAGAGCUAGAUUUGUGUUAGCUGUGUCUUUUGUUGAAAUUAAACUGAAUAUUGUGGGAUGAUGUGUCUUGUUAAGUGUAUAUGCCUUUUUUUAAAUAAAAAUUAAUCAAUUUCAAAAUUACCAAAGUUAUGUUGUAAGAAUGAUGGCAUUUUAUGAUAUUUUUGUGUUGAUAAUAAAGAACUAAACAAUUUA